AUGGGUGAAAGAGAGUCAUAUGCUUCGUCUGUACGACGUUGCUUUCACGGGGAGCCUGCAACUCGGCGACAAGUCUUGAAGCCUGGUUCGAAUACGGGUCGCUUCUUUUGGGCCUGUGCUCGCACACUCCGCUCCGGACAGCGUUGCGCGUACUUCGUCUGGGACAGCCACUCGGGUGUGUACGAAACAGUUCAGGCUGCGGAUGGUGCACGUACGAGCCUUGGAGACCAGGUCCAAGCGGACCCGACAAGUAAGAAACUGGAGAGCACACGAGGGCGUGUGCCAGGAGCGGCGUCAUCACGCACCUGCGGAAGCGGGCCGUUCUGGGAGGCCCUGCGAAACACCAAGCGCAGUGGAACGUCCCAAGAUCAGUUGCCGCAGUUUUCAUUGAGCAGUGAUCCGCAAGCAGGCAGCGCAGCAAUACGCGCUGGCAGUGGGCUGGAGAAGAGGCCGAGCAAGGAACGCGCCGGCACGCAGUGGCUAGUCGAGAUCGGGGACGGAGAACAUUUUCACCUCUGGCCUCAGAAGAAUAGCGAGGCAAACGCAUAUAUGCUUUUUCAGCUUGCGCAGCGAGUUCCGGGUGCAGUGCUGGAACCCUCGAAGGAACGCCUUCGGAUACCAUUGUCUUCCUGGACUGCAACCUCUGCAGCUGUCGCAGCGCUUGAGGGAAGCAUCCGUGGCCAUCCACCGCAGCGGUUGAUGCAAAACCUGGUGAAUCUUCGCCGUCGGUUGGAGGACCGAAAUGGGGAAAAACAAUGCUUCGCGGAGGUCUUGGCCCAUGCUCGCGCGUCCUUGGCGUCGAUUCAGCUCUGGGAGCAGUUGCUACCUUUUCAACGGACUGGCGUUGAGCGCGCGAUUGUCCAAGGCGGGCGCGUCCUUCUAGCCGAUGAAAUGGGCCUCGGAAAAACCAUCCAAGCAAUUGCCAUCGCGUGGGUUUUGCGAAAGGACUGGCCGGUGCUCAUUGUUUGUCCAAGUUCACUGCGAGGCGCCUGGUGUCGCGAGUGGAGAGACCGGUUAGCGGGCGCCUCGCUGACACCCUCCGAUAUUCAUGUUCUGGAGACGGCCACCGACGCGGGAAAACCUCUUCGUGCGGUCAACAUCGUGUCGUACGAUUUGGUGGGCCGACUUGCCGACGCGCAGCUCCAGCGCGUCGGUGUCCUGAUCCUCGACGAGAGCCAUUAUAUCAAAUCAGUGGAUGCCAAACGGACACAAUUCCUCUUGCCUUGGCUGAAACGGAUACCGCGUGUGCUGCUGCUCACCGGCACCCCGGCGCUAUCGCGACCGGCAGAGCUGUUCACGCAGCUACAUGGUCUGGCGCCGUCCAUAUUUAGUGACUGGAAAGAGUUCGCGUAUCGGUAUUGCGGUGCCCGAAGUACUCCGUGGAAAGCCUUGGACACGUCUGGCGCUACCAACCUGUCCGAACUUCAUCGCAUCUUGACGCAAACCGUUAUGAUUCGCCGUCUCAAGGCGGAGAUCCUGGAUCAGCUGCCUCGGAAGGAACGCGGGGUCGCGUACGUGGAGCCUGCAGCGUCCACUCCAGAGCAGUUGCAUGCCGUGCUAGACGAACUCGCGGCGACUGAGCAGAAAGCUAGCACCGGCGAUCAACAAGCAGCGAGCAAGGUGAAGGCGCUCAUGAGCAAGGCAUUCCACCUGACCGCUGUAGCCAAAGUGCCAGCCGUGCUGGCCCAGUGUGCAGACAUUUGGCGAACUGGACACAAAUUUUUGCUUUUUGCCUAUCACGAACUCAUGCUCGACGCUGUGGAAGGAUGGCUACGCGAACAACAAGGUACCUGGAUACGGAUCGAUGGCAAGACACAAGUUACAGAGCGCCAGGCGCUAGUGGAUCGGUUCCAAGAUGAUCCUCAAUGCCGUGUAGCGCUCUUGGCGUUGACAGCAGCCGGAGCUGGUCUCACGCUCACUGCAGCCCACGUGGUACUCUUUGCCGAGCUCUACUGGAAUCCAGGCACGCUGCGGCAAGCAGAGGAUCGCGUUCACCGUAUCGGCCAAAAGGAGUCGGUCUCUAUCCGUUACCUGAUCCUGCCUCGAAGCCUUGAUGAUCGCAUGUGGCGAUCCGUCCAGAACAAGCUCGAUAUCUUGCAUUCAUCCCUGGACGGUAAAAUCGAUCGCGAACGAGUCAAUGUGGUGGCUGGAUCAGCCUGGAAUGCCCCAGAGCCAGGCCCAUUGGAUCGUUUCUUCAAGCGUCGUAGCCAAGGAGUGGUGUCGUCCCCGGAACCAGGUGCAGAUGAGCCCACAAGCGUACGGAGCUCUUCCGUACCAGAUGCAUUCGAACAAGAUCACGUCCCAGUGAUCGAGUCGUUCGAACCAGAGGAACCACCGGAAAUUCCGUCGUCUUUCUUGAAUAGUGAGCUGGGCUCGGGAUCAAACCGAACGCAAUUUCAGCGAGAGGCACGGAAAAGGACCUUUCAGGAAAUUGAGCCGAAUAACGCUCUACCUAGUUCUUAA